UCUCAAUACUCACCAUGACUGGUCGCGGCAAAGGAGGUAAAGGACUCGGUAAGGGAGGCGCCAAGCGUCAUCGUAAAGUUUUGCGUGACAACAUCCAGGGCAUCACGAAGCCCGCCAUCCGUCGUCUUGCUCGCCGUGGUGGUGUCAAGCGUAUCUCUGGUUUGAUCUACGAGGAAACUCGUGGUGUCCUGAAGGUUUUCCUUGAAAACGUCAUCCGAGAUGCUGUUACUUACACUGAGCACGCUAAACGCAAAACUGUAACUGCUAUGGACGUCGUCUACGCACUGAAACGCCAGGGCCGCACCCUCUACGGUUUUGGUGGUUAAACCUACAGUCAAACUACAAAAAAAAGUUUUUCAAAUCAACGGCUCUUUUGAGGGCCACCAAACUUAAUGAAAAAGAAAGCUAACACUUUUUCUUCUUGGCUAUGGAGUUCUUUAUUCUGUCUGUAAUUUGAGAAGACUGAGAAUAAAAGCCAUUCAAACGUGA